GCUGCUGUUGAUACAGAGAACUGCUGCUGUGGGUGAAAUAACGGUGUUAGUAGCCCAUUAGCAUUGGAUUGGAAAUGGCAAGCUAAUACCAGUUAUUUUCUCAGUUUACACCUCAGCGUCGUGUUUUAUGUAAAGCUUUCUAAAACCGUGUUAUACGUCUUUGGUUUGUCUCUACUGGGAGAAGUAACUGCUAAGUUUGUGUUAGGCUAGAAAAGGGCUUGCUAACACUGGUUAGCAGCUGAGGUCGGCGUCAUUAAAGCUCAGCUGUCGACUCUUCCCGCAGAAGAAGCCAGUUUCCGGAAUUGAAAGAAAGAUGCAGUGAUUACAUACGUGGCUUUCCCUCGUUUGAAUGUAAUAGCUUGGCUCGGUAACUUUUUAUACUCCCGAAAGGCUCGAGAUUGGAUUCGAGACGAUGAGCUAAGUUGAUGCCUGGAUUCAAAUCGGCGCACAUCAAACAACUGCAGAGGAGAUGAGUCAGCUUUGGUGGCGAGUCAAGCGGCUGUCAGAGAGGUUGGAGAAUGACUCUCCUAGUGGCCUCACCCUGGGGUCCCCAGCCACUACAGCCCCACAAGGAUCCAACACAUCAUGGGUGCCUAAAACCCCAGUGGUAACACCAGAUGAGCCAAUUUUCCUCAUGACCUCCACUGCCCAAACUAUAUCAGGGUUUUUUGUUUGGACAGCUCUUCUGAUCACAUGCCACCAGAUCUACAUGCACCUACGUUACUACAGCUCUCCAAAUGAGCAGCGGCACAUAGUUAGGAUCCUCUUCAUAGUUCCCAUCUAUGCCUUUGACUCCUGGCUCAGCCUGCUUUUCUUCACCAACGAGGAGUAUUACGUGUACUUCGACACAGUCCGAGACUGCUAUGAAGCCUUUGUCAUCUACAACUUCCUGAGUUUGUGUUACGAGUAUCUGGGAGGAGAGAGCGCCAUAAUGGCUGAAAUCAGAGGGAAACCCAUCGAGUCAAGCUGUAUGUAUGGGACAUGCUGUCUGUGGGGCAGGACCUACUCCAUUGGCUUCCUCAGGUUUUGCAAACAGGCAACUCUCCAGUUCUGCGUGGUAAAACCACUGAUGGCAGUGAUCACUGUCAUCCUUCAGGCCUUUGGGAAAUACAGAGAUGGAGACUUCAAUGUGGCUAGUGGCUACUUGUAUAUCACAAUUAUCUACAACAUCUCUGUGAGUCUGUCCCUCUACGCUCUCUUCCUCUUCUACUUUGCCACACGUGAGCUGCUCGUCCCGUAUAACCCAGUGCUCAAGUUCUUCAUGGUCAAGUCAGUCAUCUUUCUCUCCUUCUGGCAGGGGAUGUUGCUGGCCAUCCUGGAGAAGUGUGGCGCUAUCCCCCAGAUCAACUCUGCUGAUUUCUCUGUGGGGGAAGGAACAGUUGCUGCUGGCUACCAAAACUUCAUCAUCUGCAUUGAGAUGUUCUUUGCUGCUAUUGCUUUGCGCCAUGCUUUUACUUACAAAGUCUACAUGGACAAAAGGCUGGAUUCAUAUGGCUCAUUUCCUAUCUAUGGACAGUACGGUCGCUGUGCCCCAAUGAAGAGCAUUUCCAGCAGCCUGAAGGAGACGAUGAAUCCAGGAGACAUGGUCCAGGACGCCAUCCAUAACUUCUCCCCAGCUUAUCAGCAGUACACCCAGCAGUCCACGUUAGAGCGAAGUGGAGGGCCACCGCUCUCCCGCAGCCACAGUAACAUCAGCACCCGCGGGGACAACGAAAAGACCCUUCUACUCAGCUCUGAUGAUGAGUUCUGAGACUCAAACACACACUCAGAGGCUAACCCUUACUCCUGUAGCCCUUCUCAAGUUUUUAGCAGCCACGGAAGAAUCGGAUCUUUUUUUCCGACCUCAACAUGGAAGUUCAGGCUGUGGUUCUGGUUAUUUCACAUUUAGAUAACAGUGAAAGAUCAGAUUUAUGUCAUGGUUGCCAGAUUGCUGAAACCGAGGCAGGGCAGAGUCCUUUCUAAGGAAAAAGGAAAUGAUUGCUACAGCACGGAAAUGAGGAGCGUGAAAAGAAUGUAGAUGUUACAAAUAAAGUGAGGGAGGAGUGAGGUUGAUUCUUUAACUGUCCAAGCUGUUAUUUGUGUUGUUUUAGUUGUGAUUUUAGGCCAUCGCUGAAAGAAAUGCGAUUUUUGUAUUCACCCGUGGAAAAUGGAUUCGUACAGAUAACCGUGCCUGCAUUAUACCAUCUUAAUCCUGCACUAAUGACACUAUGGCAUUAAAAAAGUUAGAUAUGAGCUGGAGAAAAUAAGUGCCAUCUUCUUCUGAGACACAUGGCCUCUUUACUCUGAUUCAUAAUCAAUAUCAAUAUUCCUCCUCACCUCUCUGCUAGCGCUCUCGCUCUUUGUAAUUAUAUAUUGCCAAAUAGCACCCUUUGCUCCAAAUAACAAGACACUGUCUUAAAGUUUAGGUUUGUUGUUGUUUUUGUUUUUUUUCAAGUGGCCUUUGAAUUGCAGGGGUUAUUUUUCAUAUAUGACUUCAAUGACAAAUAAAUAUUUUAUCUAAAUGUUGUUUGAGCUCGAAGAUGUAUGUUAUUGUUAUCCUAGAAAUUUUAUGAGUUUACUGUGGAUGUCAUCAUUAUGUAAUGUAAUGGCAUUCCAGCUGUUGGCCAGACUCUAUAUUGUUUGCGGAGAAGCACGGUAACAGCUGUAGGAGAGAUUUUUAGCAUAGGCAGGAGGACUGACGGAAGGACAGCGCCCACACAGAUUACAGAUUACUGAUGGAGCAGCACUUUCCUGCACAGUCGGCCCAGCUGUGAUGCGCCCUGGAUUAUGAUCUCAUAAUUAAUGGCAUUACGUGCUGCACAGAUCGGCUCUGCCUCUGCUGGUGUCAUUCGUAAUGGCAUCACUAUGACAGCAGCGGCAAAUAAGUCACGUUGUUAGCCGCUACAGAUAGAGAAUGCGAAGAUAUGUUGGUGAAAACAAGGCUUUAAAUCAGAUUGAAAUCACAUUUGUACUUGAAUAUAUUGAGCAUUUUAAAAUUGGUGGUCAGUACAUGUACAGGAACUGUUUAAGUUAUGCAUUCAUAUUUUAUCCAAUUAUGUUUAAUAUGCAUUUACACAGUGGCUGGUAUAAAACUCGCAUGUGGUUUGUGGUUCUAAAUGUUUGAAUGGCAGAGCACAGCUGUAUAAAAGCUGAGAUUCUGUGUAUGAUGAGUGUAUAUCGAUUUAACAGACUGGAGUUAGUGACUGCGGGUCGACACAUAGUACAUCACAGCCCUACCUUUUGUGAGAAAAGGAGUCAAACCAGCCAAAGUGAUGUGUGCGUUUUCAGUUUAUGUCCUAAUGAGAAAAUCAUAUUCGGUCAAGAGAAGGUGGGUGAAAAUGUUUGGAUUCCAUCUGUGACCCACAGCCCAUCCAGCCGCCUCCUGCCCCAGUGACCGCAUCACUUGUGUAUCUUUCUACUAAACCUGCAUUGCUUCAGUUAAAAUCAAGGUCGAGUGUGUUUGUUCUGAGCGUUUCAUACUUGAGCAUUUUCUUCAAAACACUGUCAGAUCAUAGUUUUUCAAAGCUUAUUGUAUUUUAAUCCAGAAAAUACUUUAUCCAAAUGGAAGGAACACUGUAAAUAAAGUCAAACUUAGUGCUGCAAAAACCUUUAUGACGACGACUGGGACGCCAUUGCUUGGUAUAGUGCUCUGUUUGAAUAUAUUUGUGUUUUAAUGGUUUCAUUUCAUAUAUACUCCUGUUUUAUUUUAAAUUUUUUGUUGUAUGAUUUUUUUUUGUUUGUAUAUUGGUAAUAUUACAUGUUUUGAUGCUAUAUCGAUUUCUGUUGAUGUUUCAAAAAGAAAUA